GCAGCAGCCACAAAAAUUCAAGCGGGCAUCAGAGGCAUGAACACGAGGAAGCAACUCAAUCAACAACGGAAGUCGAAUGAGGAACACAAAUCACGUGACGGGAAAGCAAACAACCAAUCAAAGUCCAGAUCGUCCGCAAACGCCCACAACGAUGAUCGCAACGACGACGACAACGAUGUUGAUGAGGGGGGCAAAUCGUACAGAAGUCAACCCGCUACGAAAAUUCAGGCUGGAAUUCGAGGCAUGCAGACAAGAAGAUCCGUCAAAAUUGAAUCAGUCAACACCGCAGCCACCAAAAUCCAAGCAGGCAUUCGCGGAAUGAAAGCUCGCAAGGACGUGAAA